GUUACGUCUUACGAAUUAUAAAUAAAGUAAUACUUUUAAGAUCACUCUAAGAUUUAAUGUCAUCAUACUGCAGUAUGUAAGGAAAUGUACGACAGGCAGUGGUGGCAGUAGCAGCAGCCGCACGAGACAAGAAUGGCGUCUUCCAUUACCGAAAAGGCAUUGGAAGUUCUUCGGUUUUUGCCACGGGUAUGUCUUAAUAAUCUUAGAGACACCCCUGGAAGUCACUAUGCGAAGAAACCACAUUUCAGAGGAGACCGUCGAAGGCGAUUAUUUCCACAUAAGGGGCACAAGCAACGUAUGGGCCAUGCCCGACUUGGCUUCGAAGGUGGCCAGUUCCCGUUUUACCUUAAAGUCCCCAUCGAAAACUACAACAAAGGGCAUCAUCUUCGACGACAGUAUCCUCCCAUCUCGUUGCAGCAGCUCCAAAUGAUGAUUGACCUCGGCAGGAUCGACGCUAGCCAACCCAUUGACUUGGCCACGCUCUGCAACACAAAACUUUGUUUCGUUGAGCCCCUUCAGCAGCAUUUCGGCCUCCAGUUAACGGACGAAGGUAUCGACAAUUUCAAGGCGAAAAUAAACAUCGAAGUUCAGCAUGCGAAAGAGCACGUUAUUGCGGCCAUAGAGAGGAACGGCGGCGUCAUCACCACUGCUUUCUAUGACGUGGAAAGCGUGAUGGCACUGGUGGAUCCAGAGAAGUUCUUCCUGAAGGGGAUACCAAUACCCAAAAGAAUGCUACCUCCUGAGGACGGCAUUGGGUACUACAGCGACCCCAAGUCCCGGGGCUACCUUGCUGAUCCUGAACAAGUUGCAAGCGAAAGGUUCUUGUUAGCACAGAAGUACGGCUACGUGCUACCUGACCUGUCGAAAGAUCCAGACUUUGCAAUGUUGACUGCUCGCAAAGAUCCUCGGCAGGUUUUUUAUGGGCUAGAACCAGGGUGGGUUGUCAACAUGCGCGAUAAAGUGAUAUUGAAGCCUCGUGACCCCGAGUACCAAGCGUACUACAACGAAUGAGAGGUCGCCUUAGCUUCCUACUCUAGCUAUCCCCUGUUAUACAGUUAGAUUAAGAAUAAAACAUUGAUGAGGCAUCUUGA